AUGCAUGCUGCAGUUGCUGCUGUUGCUGUGCACCGCAGCCCACGUGUUACUUUACAGAAAUAUGUUCAACCGGAAAUACCAAAAUCCUUUGCGCCCAUUCACUAUUAUUGGAAAUCGGGUGUACCGAUGGAUAAAGAUACAACGUAUCGUCUCUCCUACUGGGAAGGUCCGGGCACCAUGGCCGAACCGAUUCGUCCCGAAGAUAAUCUGACGUACAGUGACGCACCAAUGUCCGACGAAACAACACACAAGAUGAGCUACUAUGGUAACUGGUGCGUAAAACCAGAUCCACCAAUAACACCCUGCGACAGGCAGUGGUUAGGUAGAGGUCCGAUAGAAGAUCUCACGACGCACAAGCACGAUUAUUCGUGGAAGUGCAUGAAACGCUCUGAACCUUUCAAAGCACGGAAUAAUUUGUAUCCUCCCUGUGCUGCUUUGUCUGGCGAUACGACGUAUCGGUCAAGCUACUACAAUUCUUCUUGCUUGCUUCCGGUAUCCUCUUACGCACCCCUUAGAAAAUAUGUCAAAUCGGAUGUACCGAUGGAAGGUUGUACGACGUAUAAGCUUAGUUAUUGGCCCAACGAAAACUCUGUAAAAGAGGAACAACCAUGGAGUCAAAAGAGGGAAUAUUGUCGUCCAGUCACGCCGAUGGAUGGAUGUACUACUUAUAAACUGAGCUACUGGCCUCAUUGUGAAAAGCCUCGCGAACCCUUUAGCCGACAGGAGACAGACAACUUGCUGAACGCUGAUUGCUGCUUCAACGACGAUACCACGUACCGACUCAGCUAUUUCGGAUGCGGUGGUGACAAGCCGCCGGAUCCCAUUCACCAGCCUGGCAAUAUACUUUUUUCACCAUGUCCACUCUCCCAUGACACCGUCAAUCGAUUGAGCUUCCUGGGGAAUUGGUGCGUCAAACCAGAAAUGCCCAUUACACCUUGCGACAGACAGUUGUUAGGUAGAGGCCCGAUACAGGAUGAAACUACGCAGAAGCACGAUUACACCUGGAAGCGAGUGCUACCAGCGACAGAGCUUCGACCGGAGAACAAUCUUACUUUCUCGCCCUUGCCGUUAGAAUCCUGCACGAUUCAAAAAUUGUCUUACGUACCAAACGAUCACGAAUGUCUAUUACCUAUUAAAUCGUUCGCGCCCGUACGCAAGUACCAGUCAUCGGAUGUUUCGAUGGAAUCUGAGACCACGAUGCGGCUAAGUUACCAACCCGUAGAGCCAGCGGAUCGAGUUGAGAAACCAUGGACUGUCAGUACUUACUAUCCACCCGUUAAUACCAUGGAAGAUUGUACCACGUACAAUCUUAGUUAUAUUCCGCCAGGGACACUUGUUCCAUUAUCAUCUUGUUCCGCCUCGUGCUCCCCUGCCAACACUUACAAAAGUACAUCUUUAUCAAUUUUUCUACUAGAUAAUAUUUCUUACUUUGAAGGAGACAAGAGUAUGCGCAAGAACAAGCGCAUUGCGCUAAUCGGAAGCGCAGGUCGAAGUCCCAGGUCGUUGAUCGUGGCCAGGAGGAGAAGUAAGUUUGCCUCUGGCGAUGAGAUAAUCGGAGCAAGGUGUUUCUUGGUACCAAGAUUUCAGGGAGAUCUCGAUGCUAUGGCUUACGAAGGAAGCGACACAAUCCCACACACGCACUUACUUCAGCAGAUACAUAUGUCGGCUCUUUGCCAUAAAGUAUACAAGCGUCUUUCGAGGCCCAUCGCCUUCUCGAGUAGGGGUAAAGUGAGAGUCGGUAUAAAAGGGGAUUUCUUUCCUCUCCUGAGAUCGCAGUCGAUCUCGUUCGUUUGCGACUAUCUUCGUGCGUUUGCUAUUGCAUUGUUGUCGCACAUUUACAUCGAUCUGUCCUUAUUACCUGAGGUGUACCUGUCGCGAAUCAGGAUGAAAUACGUGGUGUUAAUAACGAUUUUGGGAUUAGCAUUGGCACAAGAUCCAAAUUAUCACGGACGUAACUAUCAGCAGGAUGACGGACAACAUCAGACUGAUAACAGACGACCUACAUCCACUACGCCCAUCCCGAUCUUGCACUGGAACAAGCAACAGGAGCACGACGGAACUUACAAGACCAGUUACGAAACGGGCAACAACAUCAUUGCCGAAGAAAGCGGCUACAUCAAGACCAUUGGCGAAGGUGAAGAGCGAGCGGAGGCGAUCGUGCAACAAGGCACCUUCUCGUACACGAGUCCCGAGGGACAGCUGAUCACCAUUCACUAUACCGCCGAUGAGACUGGCUUUCACGCGCAGGGCGAUCACAUUCCCACGCCACCACCCGUUAGCGAGGAGAUCCAGAAAGGCCUCGACCUCAUCUACGCGGGCAUCCGUCAGCAAGAGGAGGAAGAAGCUCGUGCAGCCGCGCAAAAGGCACAGCAACCAUUGAGCCAACAAGUCGACAGGCGGGACGACUACAACAGAAAGUAUUAGCAGUGAGAACCUGUUGACGCGCCAGCAAUAUAGCAUAUUCGCAACACUGUAUCGUUAUUACGAAGUAGCAAUUAAGUUGUUAAGUUACGUUAUUUUCUCGCGUCUCUCAACUACGUUCUCCAUUGUAUGUACAUUUGUAGUAAGAGACAUCGCUUGACACACAAAUUUGACUAUGUUCUUCUGUUCUGCAUCGUCGAAUCUUCCUCAUCGUGAGAUCUUGGCAUUUCCGUAUGCGUCAUUAAUAAUUAAUCACUCUCUUGGUCUCUCUUUCCGUCGUAGCGUCGCCAGUCGCCUAAUUAUAUUCUUCGAGUACCGGCAACUGACAUUUCUCCUUGUGUCACGAUAGGGAAGAAUGUCACCACCUACCAGCCAACUAAUUUACUCGCGAUCAUUUCUAUGUUCCUUCAUAGUGGCAUCACUUUUCUACUCUUGUAAAUCCUCUAUACGUCGCUGCGUAUAGAGGACAUUUCUCUCUUUAAUAUGCGAGAGCUUGUGACAAUUCUCCUCAUUAUUCUCUUUUUUUCUAUACCUUCUGUAUACAUAUAGUAGUACUAUAUGUAAAAUAAAAAAAUCUAAUUUCCCUUUUCCAUUUUUGCAAAAAGAUACAUGUUAUAAUUUAUUAUUAUUAUCAAAUAUAGAACGUCGAGAAACAUACCAUCCACAAUAUUCUCCUUAUAUACACUUUAGAAGCCAAAUUUCUCCUUCGGAUAAUCGACUUCUCGACUUCUUGCCUAUGCAUAACGUGCGAAUACAUAUUCUCACAUAUACAAAUGUCGAGAAAUUGUCGAUUGAUUUGCAAUCGCUUAGUUGGAAAAAAAGAAGAUACAGGAAGGUACGUGUAUUGAACGUGGAGCGAAGCGUUUUUAUUGUUAGUCUCGUAUACACACAGAAAAUUAUAAGAGCGUCAGUCUUUAUGUUCGGAGAGGUGAGAAAGAGAACACACGUACACACACAACGUACACUACAUUCCAAGCUGGUGAAACUUUUCACGAGGUAGCGCGUCAAGGCCAGAGAAAUUCUGAAUGAGGUACAAUAAUCAGAUGAACGAGUUCUUCUAGAUGUAGGUACGCUGGCUGGCUACUACAACGUUCCAUGAUCAAUCUACGUCAUGUCGUGGAAAUGUUUCACAUUCGAUAUCCAUACGUAUAUGUCACGCAGAAUAACAUUGCAGUUUUUAAUCGAAAAAAUAUUACAAUACAAUAUUUACUUAAUAGCAUUUAAUAGCAUUUUGUAGAUAAUAUCGUUUAAAAAUAAUUACGUAAAAGCAGCUGAUGUG